CUCUGGCCAGUAGCACAUGAGCGCUCGUGCUCGACGAGCACGUAAAUGUGGCAUCCGUGCGAACGUAGGACUCGUCGUGUUUAUUGCUUAAAUAAGCUGAGUAAGAGAAGGUGUCCUACGCAGUGAUCGAAAAGGAUAGCAACGCGCUGAUCCAUGAUCCACAGUCGAGUCGCGUUCACGAGAAGAAGCACUCGCCGUUGCGUCGAAAACGUGUAACGUCCCUUCGGAAUCAUUUUUCGCCCGACGGUCAAACAGGCGGAAUAGACGAGAGAUCCAAGUUUUUCAUUCGGGCGAACGAGCACUCGUUUUUACGAUUUGUGUUAAAACGUCUCGACGCAGCGAGAUCGGAUUUGUUGAAGUACGUCGAUUGGUGAAAAAGUCGCGAAGCGGCCGUCUGUAACUUUGCGUCUGCGACGAGUGAUCGACAGCGAUCGACAGCGAUCGAGGGUGAACUACAGUAAUCCUCACGUUUGCUGGCGAAGCGCCGCGGAUUGUGAUGCAAGUCGUCGAUUUGCCUCUAUUAUUAAAUUAAAGUGAAGUGCACGUGGAGUUUUUUGGAAGCGGCCCGAAAAUGGUGCCAACGCAGCAGGAUAGCCCCUCGAGCUCGGGGUUAACCAUCGUUUUUGGAUCAUUACUUGUGGAUGAGAAUUCACUAACACCUUAUUCGGAUGCGACACAGACGAAGAAGAACAAUCCGAAUCGCAUCAAGAGGCCCAUGAACGCGUUCAUGGUCUGGUCGCAGAUGGAGCGUAGGAAGAUAUGCGAAGUGCAGCCGGAUAUGCACAAUGCUGAAAUCAGCAAGAAACUCGGAGUGAGAUGGAAGCAGCUGUCCGAGGAGGACAGGCAGCCCUUCAGAGAGGAGGCCGAGCGACUGAGACAGCUCCAUCAGAAGCAAUAUCCUCAUUACAAAUACCGACCUAGGAAGAAGACCACGAAACCCGCGGAGAUCUCGAAGACAAAGGAGAGGAAGAGAUCGCGAAAGUCGGUAUCGCUGUCGUCACCGGCGCCUUCGCCGUCGCCAUCAUUAUCGUCGCUGUCGACACCGUCGAACAGUCCGGCCUCGAUGCCGUCGUCAUCGUCUUUGUCCCCGCUGUCGCCGCUCUCGGCGACACCCGCCGCUACUAGUCACGCUGCUAAGAUCAGGAAUGACAACAACAAUAACAACACUCAGCAGCAGACAAUGAAGAAAUCGGUAAAAAGGCUCCAGACUCAAUCGGGCAGCAAGCCGAUGUCCAGGCUGAAUCCCAGGAACAUCCGGCUGACGCUGGAAACUCUGGAGACCCUGGAGACACCACGGCAAACGCUAUCUUCCGACGUGGACUACACGGCGCCGCCGAUAGUGGCCGCCAAGGUGCCCACUAGUCCGACCUGCGACACCCCGGACUCGCCCGAGUCCGCCUUCUACGACGACGUCGAGUGCGCUCCGUCCAACAACGCGGUCUGCAACGUCGCCUCCGUCAAGAUCAAACAGGAGCCGAAGAUGGAGCUGGACAGCAGCAACGGUUUCACCACGAAGGAUCUGUUCCUGCCGUCUCUCGACAUGGCGCUGCGAGCGGACAACAGGGGAUACUGUCGCGCGAACUCGACUUCCGGCCUGCGGCAGAUGACGAAUUUUGUGAAGGAGGCGAAACUGAUGGAGAACGCGCCGGCUUAUGACACGAAGCGGGGACUCAACGCCAUAUUCUCCAGGACGCUGUCGCAGUCCUUGAUGAUGGACACGGCCGCGCCGACGAUACUGACCCCGCAGUCGUCAGCUGUGCUGUCCGUGCCCACGACGACGACGAUGGGCACCACGGGAGUUCUUCUCGACGACGCUUCACUCGACGACACUUUCAACGGCGUCGAUCGUCCGGUCAAGCUCGAGGAGCUCAUGAACAAUCCCGAACUGUCCGAUCUGUCUUUGUCCGAGCUGCCGUCCGACAUCGAAGAGAUCGACAUGAUGGGGGAUUUGGAGGCGUUCGAAAACGCCGGCUCCUGCAACGGUCCACCACUGGAGUUCACCCGCACACCUGACGUCAGGGAGAUUAUGUCUAUUCUCAGCAACGAGUGGAAUUAUUUAAACUAGAAGGGGAGAAAGAAAGAAAGAGAGGAGACGAAGGUGAUUGACGCAAUUGCGCGUCUUUGGUUUGUAUGAAGCAUCUCUCGCCAAGAGAGAGAGGGAGAGAGAGAGAGAGAGAUCGCCAGCACAUUCGUCAAUCGUUCGCGAGUUUUUAUCGAAACUCGAAGACAUCCGCGAAUCAAUUUGUACGCGGUAUUCCGCGAGCGAUCGUUUCGAAGAUCUCGACUAAACGUGUCGGUGUAUAACAUAAAAACACGAUUACGUGCGUUAUCACGAUCGCUAUCGAGCGCGUCGCGCUCGUUUUUUUCUUACGCGGAUCACACGCUCGACUUGAUUAAUGGUUGAACGGAUCGUCAUCCGCCAUCGCGUGUCUUCGUCUUUUGUACUUGACACUUGAGAAGAUAGUACUUCUUGAAUGUUACGCCGUUUCUUGAAUCGGCGCGCGUCGUGGCUUUCGCCUGCUUAACCGAGUCUUUGCAAAUAAAUGAUUAAUCGGUAAAAUGUUACUUUCAAGGGAAAGAGAUAUUAUUUGUAUUACAACUAUGAGUAAUAAUAUAUUGUAACGCGCACAUAUAUCGUAAUACAAUCGUGUGUAUAAAAGUUAAGAUAAAUUAAAGGAUAUAAAUCAUAACUU